UCUCCGGGCCGCCCCACUCUCCGUCCGGACUCACCCACCCCUCCAUGCCUCUCCCCUUCUUGGCCCAGUCCCCACGAGAACCAGCCCAUGCCUCUCUCCACCCGCUCUGAGCCCCGGCCGGCAGGAUGUCCCAGCUCUCCUCCACCCUGAAGCGCUACACGGACGUACCCCGCUACUCGGACAGCCCCUACGUCAAGUCCAGCUAUGGCGCCUACACGCCCUCCUCCUACGGAGCCAACCUGGCCGCCUCCUACCUGGAAAAGGAGAAGCUGGGCUUCAAGCCCGGCCCACCCGGCGGCUUCCCGACCGCCCGGCCUCGCACCUACGGGCCCUCCUCGAUGCCGGACCGCGAGCGAGGCCGCCCAGGCCCGCGCCCCGAGAUGGCGGCCCGGAGGGAGACCCAGACCCGCUUCGGCGAGCGGCCCGCUGGCGGUGGCCUGGGCGGGAGCGCCGGCCUCCCCUACGGCGUGGCCGGGGGCUCCCUCGGCUACCUGCCCGCUGGCCCGCCCGGCCUGGUGCCCCUGACCCGCAAGACGUCCAACAGCCACUCGGAUCUGGCCCGGGACUUCUCCGGCCUCCGCGCCUCGGAUGGCUACCGGCCGGACCCCGGGGCCGGCCGCAAUCCUCUGCUGGCCCGGACCCGCAAGGAGCUGUGCGCCUUGCAGGGACUCUACCAGGCGGCCAGCCGCUCCGAGUACCUGGCGGAUUACCUGGAGAGCUACGGGCGCCAAGGGGGCAUCACCUCCGCCCCGGCCUCGGCCCCCCGGGCCCCCGAGAUCCUCAGCCCCACCCUGCGCCCCGGAGGACGCUUCGUCUUGUGGGAUCGCAGCAGGAGCUCGUCCGACUCCCAUGGGCGCGAUCACGUGAAUUCCAAGAGCAUCCAGGGUCUGGUCGGCCUGCGCAACUUGGGGAACACGUGCUUCAUGAACUCCAUCCUGCAGUGCCUGAGCAAUACCCGGGAGCUGCGGGAUUAUUGCCUCCAGAGGAUCUACCUCCGAGACCUCAACAGCGGCAGCCACAUGCACACGGCCCUGAUGGAGGAGUUUGCCAGGCUGAUCCAGGCACUGUGGACUUCCGCAGCCAACGACGUGGUGAGCCCGUCCGAGUUCAAGACCCAGAUCCAGAGAUACGCCCCGCGCUUCGUCGGCUACAACCAGCAAGAUGCCCAGGAAUUCCUGCGAUUUCUCCUCGACGGGCUCCACAGUGAAGUGAACCGGAUCGUGGUGCGGCCCAGAUCCCACGCGGAGAACCUCGAUCACCUUCCGGAUGAGGAGAAGGGAAGGCAAAUGUGGAGGAAAUACCUGGAACGGGAAGACAGUCGGAUUGGGGACCUGUUUGUCGGGCAACUGAAGAGCUCCCUGACCUGCACCGAGUGCGGUUACUGCUCCACGGUCUUUGACCCCUUCUGGGAUCUCUCCCUCCCCAUCGCCAAGCGGGGCUACCCUGAGGUUACUCUGGUGGACUGUUUGAGGCUCUUCACCAAAGAGGACGUUCUUGAUGGAGAUGAGAAGCCGACGUGCUGUCGCUGCCGAGCUAGGAAAAGAUGUAUCAAGAAGUUCUCCAUCCAGAAAUUCCCCAAGAUCCUGGUGCUCCACCUGAAGCGGUUCUCGGAAUCCAGGAUACGGACCAGCAAGCUCACCACCUUCGUGAACUUCCCACUCAAGGAUCUGGACUUGAGGGAGUUUGCCUCAGGGAGCAGCAAUCACGCCAUUUACAACCUGUACGCGGUGUCCAAUCACUCCGGGACGACCAUGGGGGGCCACUACACUGCAUACUGCCGGAGCCCGGUGACCGGCGAGUGGCACUCGUUCAACGACUCCAGCGUGAUGCCCAUGUCAGCCAGCCACGUCCGCAGCAGCGAUGCCUACCUGCUCUUCUAUGAACUGGCCAGUCCUCCCUCCCGCAUGUAGCGGUCGGCCCUCCGCGCUCCCUCCUCCCCCACCACGCCCCCCCGAGUGUUUUUAAAAAGGAAAAAAAAAAAAAAAAGCAAAUUGACAAAUGAGAGAGAGAGAGAGAGAGUAAUAAACUAUAUAAACUGCCAAGCAGGAGUUUCUCCAGCCUGGUCAGGAGCCCGGUUCGCUCCAGCCCGGUCUGGGCCCUGGCCCAGGGACACGGGAGGUCCCGGAGACCGGAUGCAGAGCAGGCCUCGCCGCUUCUCAUCUUCUCAUCGUUUAAGGUUGCUUUUUUUUUUUUUUUUUUCCGCCCUCGUGUGAAAUAAGUGAUGACGGGAACCCGGAGAGAAGGCCCGGGCCUAGUCGUGGUCCCCGCUAGCUACUGUCUGGCUCCAGCCUAACGGCGGGAGCCACAGCCUGCCUCUUGAGCAUCCCCGGGAGACUGACCAGAGGCAGCGGCACCCCCCUGGAAACCAGCCGCGUGGAGGGGGGAGACCCGGACCCCCAGCUCUUCAACCUGGACCGGGCUCGGCUGGCCUCACCCUCAUCAUCCUCCAGCAGCGUGAACAGAGCAGCCCAGACCGGAGUCGCCCCACCGCUGCUCACCGCGGCGGGACAGGCGGCGGAAGACCCUCAAAACCAGCCGCUCUCAUUUGAGGCCCCGCUGUUUUAUUUGAAGUCCCCGAACAACGCCGCGCAAGUGGAGCGGCAUCAGCCUGGAUCUCCUUCCCAGCAAGGCCGUCACGGCGGUCUGACUUUUUAGAAGCGGUCAAGCACAACGUUUUCUUCUGCCAGCCCCCAGAGACCGUUCGGGGUGGCUCCUGACAAGGCCGACCAGUGCGGGGUGGGGGUGGUUUUAAAAGCUUUUUGGAUGGAUUCCAGCGGCCUCCAAGAAUUGUGCCUUACAGCGUUUAGGGACCGGAAGGUGAACGCUCCACUCCCCCAACCAUUCCCUUUGGCCUCCCACGGUGCCGUGCUCGGGCGCAGCUGUGAGGCGGGAGAAGCGCUGCCUCUUUUUGGCGGGGCAGCGGGUCUGGCCCUCUCUGCCCUGUCCCUGCCCCUCCCUUCCCGUCCCUUCAGGCCUCUUCAUUAGUUCCCGAACAUCCAGGCAGCGCAACCCCACCCUCCGUCCUCUCCCUCCGUUCCCUUUAAUUUAUGCCCUUCCUUCUCCCCUCCCUUCCUCAGAACCUCUCAGACACAGGCGCAACAAUGGACUUUGCCAGGAACUACCCGCCCCAGAGGUCCUGUCAGCGUGAUCCCCCAGUCCCACCCUGGCAACCCCGGCCGCCUCCGUGCGGGUCCCGCCCUACCCUUGGGUGGCCCACCCCCCGAAUGAAACAUGCCUAAGGCAAGAGGGGGCCCAGGGAGAGCUGUGGACCUCUCCCACACCAGCAGAAAUGGGGGUGCUCCUUUGGUCCUGGCGUUUCUCCCCUGCCCCAGAGCGUUAUCGGGGGGCAGGCACCCUCUCCCCCUAGGCAGAGCCAGCCCAUUCCCCUUCCCCGAGGGAGACCUGUAAACCUGAGCCGUGGGGCUGUUGUGCAUUUGUUUACUGUGUAAGCAAGAAGGGGAAGGGAAUGUCAUUCAUGUACAGUAGAGCAUUGUACAGAAUAAAUGGAGAAAAAAGGAGCCCGGCCGAGGUGUGAUUGAGGCGGGGUGGGCCAUCCGCACCCUGACGACCCACUGUCCAAAGAGCAGGUGUGGUUGGGAGAGGGGCCGUUGACAGACGCGGACGGGAACGGCCCACAGGAUCAUCAUCAAUCGUAUUUAUGGAGCGCUUACU